GAAACCAUCUCCUCUCUGCCUGCGCUGGCACUGGCUGCGCCUGCGAAGCUGCAAACCAGCUAACUCGCUUCGCGGCGAGUCCAGCCCUUUCCUGCGUGCAGAUCCCUCCCAGGUUUUGCCUGCCUCUUCCCCUGCUCCCCAUCUGCUGCAAAGUGGCCUUGGAUCAGGCCGGGAAAGUCUCUGCUGGGCGCCGAGGUGCUGCGCGAGGAGAGGGGACGCCCGUCUCCGGGUGGCGGUCGCGGUCAUGAUCCCGCUCCCCAUCGUGCGGGUGCCUCUGUCCUUCCUGCCCACGCUGCUCUGCUGCUCGGCCGCCAGCCUCCUGCUGCUGCUGCGAUGGCGACGGCGAAAGGGGCUCUGGAGGAAGGUGAAGGAGGCUCGGCAGAGGCACGACCGGGGCUUGGAGCAGAUGGAGAAGGUUGCGCUGGGCUUUCGGAAGCAGCAUCCCUCUGUGGACACGGUCUCCAUCCUCUCUUUGCCCUUGCCGGAGCUCUCUAAGAAACUCCACGAUGGAUCUCUCCCUCCGGAGCAGGUCUUCUAUGCCUACGUGGGCAAGGCCCUGCAAGUCACCAGAGAGACCAACUGCAUCACGGACUACCUGUGGGAAAGUGAGACCCAGAUCCAGCAAGCAGCGCGGCCAGAGCAGCCAGGUUUGCUCUACGGGGUGCCCGUCAGCAUCAAGGACUCCAUCAACUGCCAGGGCUAUGACUCCACAGUAGGGUUUGUAAGUAACCUCAAUAACCCUGCGGCAGAGGACAGCGUGCUGGUGCAGGUGCUGAAGAGGCAGGGGGCAGUUCCCUUUGUGAAAACCAACGUUCCCCAGUCCCUCAUCAGCUAUGACUGCGAGAACUUAAUCUUUGGCCAGACAUUCAGUCCUCUGCUCUACACCAGAACCCCUGGAGGCUCCUCUGGUGGAGAAGGGGCACUCAUAGGAGCAGGUGGAUCCAUCUUGGGCUUCGGGACAGAUCUUGGAGGGAGUCUGCGUUUGCCCGCUGCCUUCUGUGGGAUCUGUGCACUCAAACCCACCGGGAACAGACUCAGCAAGAAAGGAAUCAUUUCUGGUAUCGCUGGGCAGAAGUCAGUGGUUGCAGCAGUGGGGCCGAUGGCAAAAGACGUGGAGAGCCUGGCGCUGAGUAUGCGGGCACUGCUGUGCGAGGACAUGUUCAGCCUGGACAGCACAGUGCCCCCUCUUCCCUUCAAGGAAGAGGUGUAUUCUAGCACACGGCCGCUCCGCAUAGGCUACUAUGAAACAGAUUUCUUCACCAUGCCAAGCCCUGCCAUGAGACGUGCGGUUCGGGAGACAAAGCAACUUUUGGAGGAUGCUGGUCACACGCUGGUGCCCUUCAAAGUCGAUAACAUCAACUACUUCAUUUUUAACUUAUGUAUGAGAGGACUGUUUGCAGAUGGAGGUGCCUCGUUUUUGAAGAAAUUCAAAGGAGAACUGGAAGAAAAGAGCAUGAGGCUGUUCUUAUGGUUGUCGAGGACACCAGACUGGCUAAAAACUCUCCUGUCCUGGAUUACCAAACCCUUUAUGCCUCGAUUGUCAGGUGUCAUAAGAAGCAUGAGAGUAAACACAGUGGAAGACCUCUGGAGUCUUCACCAUGAGAUUGAGGAGUCUCGCAACAAGUUCAUCACCCAGUGGAAAAAGCUGAAUCUAGACGUCAUGCUUUGCCCUGUGCUGGGUCCUGCUCUUCCUAUCGGCUACCCCAGGAAGCUUUCAGUGGCAGUCAGUUACACCAUCCUGUAUAACUGCUUGGACUUCCCCGCCGGGGUGGUCCCUGUCACUACUGUGACAGAUGAGGAUGAGGAGGAGCUGAAGGGCUACAAAGGGCACUUCCAGGACUGGUGGGACUGGACCCUGGCGAAGGGCUUUCGCGGCAGCGUGGGGCUGCCCGUGGCCGUCCAGUGCGUGGCGUUGCCGUGGCAGGAGGAGCUGUGCCUCCGGCUCAUGAGGGAAGUGGAGAGGCUCGCCCAAGAGAAACACAAACUCUUCUGAGAGCGGCAUCCGAGUGGCACCUACCAGCCCUAACGGCAGGACAAGCCCUU